AUGAGCACGGCCACCACCACCAGUGUCAGCCCGGCGAAUGGCACCGUGAGCAAGGGAAAUGCCACCAGGCGUCGCAACCGCAAUGCAUCUCCCGGCCCGGUCGAAGAGGAAUCCGAAGAUGCAACUGCAGCCGAGAAGCCCAGAGCCGCCGUCGCCCAGAAGAAGUAUCGCCACGUAGCAGCAGUCCAUUCCAAGAGCCGCCCCUCGUGUUUAAGCCACGACUCCGAUGCCACGCCAAGCUUUAUCGGGUUUCGAAAUCUCAUGGUCAUUGUCUUGGUUGUGGGUAAUUUACGAUUGAUGAUUGAAAAUUUGAAAAAGUAUGGUGUUCUGAUAUGCCUUCGAUGCCACUCCUACAAGAAUGAAGAUGUCCUGAUCGGCGGACUUCUCUACUUUCUCAUUCCCUGCCAUCUAUUAGUCGCCUACUUGAUCGAAUUAGCCGCCGCAAAGCAGGCGCGAGGAUCCCGUAAGCGCCUCAAACCUGGCUCUACCGGACCGUCGGAACAAGACAAGUCCAAGUUUCAUUCAACAUGGGUACUGGUGGCCUGGGCUCAUGGUAUCAAUAUGACGCUUGCUUUGACCCUCACAACCUUUGUGGUUUACUUCUACAUCCACCACCCGCUCGUUGGGACCUUGACCGAGAUGCAUGCCGUCAUUGUGUCGCUGAAGACGGCCUCGUACGCAUUCACCAACCGAGAUCUUCGCCAUGCUUACCUGCACCCCGUCAAAGGAGAGCAUAUCCCUGAACUCUACUCGAAAUGCCCGUACCCGAAUAAUAUCACUUUCGGCAACCUCGCCUACUUUUGGUGGGCGCCGACGCUGGUCUAUCAGCCCGUGUACCCGCGCACCGACAAGAUCAGAUGGGUUUUUGUUUUUAAGAGGCUGGGCGAAGUAUGCUGUUUAAGCGCAUUCAUCUGGUUCGCCAGCUUCCAAUACGCCGCACCGGUUCUGCAGAAUUCGCUCGACAAGAUUGCUUCUUUGGACUUUCUCAUGAUCCUAGAGCGGCUGCUGAAGCUGUCAACCAUUUCUCUGGUUAUUUGGCUCGCAGGAUUCUUUGCCCUGUUCCAGUCCUUCUUAAACGCACUGGCCGAAGUGCUGCGAUUCGGCGACCGUUCAUUUUAUGACGACUGGUGGAAUAGCGAGAGUCUUGGAGCAUACUGGAGAACGUGGAACAGGCCCGUGUACACGUACUUUAAGCGUCAUGUAUAUGUACCCAUGAUUGGACGUGGAUGGAGCCCGUGGGCUGCAAGUUGCGCCGUCUUUUUUGUGUCUGCCGUGCUACACGAGGUUCUUGUUGGUGUUCCCACCCACAACAUUAUCGGCGUUGCUUUUCUAGGCAUGUUCUUGCAGCUCCCUCUCAUCGCCAUCACAGCCCCUCUAGAGAAGAUGAAAUGGGGGCACACCGGCAAAGUAAUGGGAAACGUGAUCUUUUGGGUGUCCUUUACCAUUUUCGGUCAGCCAUUUGCGGCAUUAAUGUACUUUUACGCAUGGCAGGCCAAGUAUGGUAGCGUCAGUAAACAACCGAUGCUUGCAUUGCAGACAUGA